AAGUUAUAAGAAAGAUAGAGAUUAGAGAAGAGAAGUUGUUUAGGGGAAAAAGAGAUGGGGAGAUCAAAAAUAAUACUUAAGAAAAUCGAAAAUCCAACUUACAGGCACAUUACUUUUGCCAAAAGAAAAAGUGGGAUUAUCAAGAAAGCUUACGAACUUUCUACUUUAUGUGAUAUUGAGAUUGCUCUUAUCGUCUUUUCUCCUGCUGGAAAACUCUUUCUUUAUGAAGGAAAGAAAAGGCUGGAGGAAAUCAUUCAACAUUAUUUUGAUCUUCCAGAUAACCGCCGUCAACGGCUGCAUAAUGAAGAGUUGAUUAAGCGGAUUGCUCAUCAAAUGAGUCUUGAGACAAGUAUCUUCCAUCACUUGGUCAUGGCUGGUCGCUGCCAUGUAACAUCUGGAUCUCAAAUGCAGGUGAUCCAAAAUGAAAUUCAAAUAUUCACUUCUGAAUUGGAAGAUGUUGAGAAACAAAUAAGCCAAUUUUUAAAGAGCCCAAGUAGCAUCGAAACAGUGACUGAGGCUGAACGCCAGGAAAACACAUUGAUUGAGACAUUGAAACAUGUCCAAAUCCGAAAGCAACUUUGA